GUAAUUGCGAGGAAGAGCACUACAGAGUGUCCUGGAUCUGAGUACUACAUUGGAAAGUGUCUUCAGGAGGAGAAGUGGAUGGUGUAGCCCACACAGACUACCGCCAUGUUCAACAGGUUGAAAAAAAUGAUGGGGGCUCCUGAGCCUCCCCCUGCCCAACCUGCUACCCCACCUUCCACCCCAACUCCGCCAGCUAAGGAAGAAAAGGCACCUGAAAAAAAAGAUGAAAAAGAGCAGGAAAAGAAAGGGGAAGAAAAGAAAGAAGAGGAAAAGAAAGAGGACAAAAAUGAAGAGAAGAAAGAAGAAGAGCCCAAGAAGGAAGAGCCAAAACCAGCUCCAGCUCCUGUGGCCCCAGCUUCUGCGGCCCCAGCUGCUCCUGCCCCAGCUGCUCCUGCCCCAGCUGCUGCGGCCCCAGCUGCUCCUGCCCCUGCUGCUGCUGCGGCCCCAGCUGCUGCUCCGGCCAAUCCAGAGGGGGCUAAUGGUGAAGAGGCCCCUCCUUCUCCACCUGUUGUCUACUUCCGUUACACCGAUGACGUACUCAGAAGUAUGAUUAAGAAUUUAAGAGAGCAGACAGAGUUGCUAAGAGAGAAAGCCAUAGACCCUUACGCCACUUCGCCAGAAAUCUCCCCACCUGUCACACCUAUUCUGAAGAAGGAGGACUACAUCAGAAUAAAGGAAGAGGAACGAAUAGCAAAAGAAGAAGCGGAUAAAAAGAAGGCAGAAGAGGCAGCCAAAAAGGCAGAGGAGAAGAAGAAAAAGGACGAGGAGAAACGGCUGCAGGCCGAGAUGAAAGAAACGGAGGAGAAGAUUGCGGCGGAAGCCAAGAAGAAGAUGAAGAAGAUCUUCCCAGACGGGAUUUACGCCUGCUUAGACGUUGUCUCUGGUCCAAUCGAAAAAAAGAUGGAUACCAUCCUGGGAAACACCAUAGAUGGUUUAGAUCGUCGGUAUAUUACCUGGUUGGCCUUGGUAGCGGUGGUAUUUAACUACAACAUUUGGUUGUGCACUGCCCGGAUGGUCUUCCCUUAUCAUAAUGAAGUCGCCAACCCCUACUGGAUAACUUUUGACAUUCUCACUGACGUAGUGAAUGUUAUUGACAUCAUCAUUUGGCAGCCCCGAAUACAGUUUGUCAAAGGCGGAGACAUUAUUACAGACAGAGUGGUAUGUAAGGAUCAUUAUCGGAAAUCACAGCGAUUUAUGACUGAUAUGAUCAGCAUCAUCCCCUUUGACCUUCUCUGCCUGUACUCUGGAUUCUCCUCCGUAUACCGACUCAACCGCUUCCUCAGGAUUGAUAACUUCUUCGAGUUCAGCGAUCGACUUGAGAGUAUCAUGGCCAAGGCCUACAUCUGGAGAGUGAUUCGCACCACAGGUUACCUGCUCUACGCACUCCAUAUCAACGCCUGUGCGUACUAUGUUGCCUCUAUGUACCAGGGUCUUGGAUCGACCAAAUGGGUGUAUGAUGGACAGGGCAACGCGUAUCUGCGUUGUUACUACUACGCUGUCCGCAGUCUGAUCAACAUCGGGGGUCUUAACGAACCCCAUACCGUCUUUGAGAUUACCUUUCAGAUGACUAACUUUUUCAUUGGCGUCUUUGUGUUCUCCAGUUUGAUUGGACAGAUGAGAGACGUCAUAGGAGCAGCAACAGCAGGUGAAACAUAUUUCCGGGCAUCGAUGGAUGGCUGUGUUGACUACAUGAACACCUACUCGAUCCCAAGGGAAGUCCAGAACAGAAUCCGGACCUGGUUCAACUACACCUGGGCAGCUCAGGGCAUGCUGGAUGAGUCCGAGCUGCUGGAUAAGAUGCCUCUGGUGAUGAGAACUGCCAUCGCUGUUGACAUCAACCUAUCCACCUUUCAGAAGAUUGCACUGUUCCAGGGCUGCGACCAGCAGAUGUUGGUGGACAUGUUGUUGAGGCUCAAGUCAAUCGUCUAUCUACCUGGAGACUUUGUAGUGAAGAAAGGGGACAUCGGUAAAGAGAUGUACAUCAUUAAAAGUGGAGCGGUGCAGGUGGUGGGAGGACCUGACAACAGCAUUGUGUUUGUCACACUGAAGGCUGGCAGCGUGUUUGGAGAAAUCAGUUUACUACAGUCUGCCAAAGAUGGAGGAAACAGGCGCACCGCUAACGUGAAAGCGCAUGGCUUUGCUAACCUUUUUGUCCUGGAGAAGAAAGACUUGUUUGAUAUCCUGGUCCACUACCCAGAGUCUCAGAAAGUGUUGGCCAGGAAGGGAAGGAAACUGACCAAAGCCAAAGGCCCAGCACCUGCGAAAGGAAAUGAGGAAAAGCCGAAAGGUGUUGCUCUGUUUGGAAAAAAACCACCAACACCCAAGAUGAUGAAACUCUUCCAAAAUAUGAAGAAAGCGGCCAACAAGUAGACACGUCGAGAGUGGGAUGUUUGAUGCUGCUGAGCUCUACCACUUCGAAUCUAAAUCAUUUCGUAUAUUCCACUUUUCAUUGGCUACUGAAUGGCUCACAAGAAGACAGAAACAGGGCAUCCGUAAUUGUAAUUAAUAUCCACCUUGUUAACUUUUGUAGAUUCCUUAAAGGUCCCAUGACAUUGUGCUCUUUGGAUGCUUUUAUAUAGACCUUUUGUGGUCCUCUAAUACUGUAUCUGAAGUCUCUU